AUGAAUUUAAACAUUUAUAAAAUUUGUCUUGUUGGAGAUCAAAGUGUAGGUAAAACAUCAUUAGUUAAUCGUUAUGCAAAGGGUGGUUUUAGUACAAAUGAAAAAGCAACUAUUGGUGCUAAUUUUAUUGCUACAAAUUAUAUAAAACAAGGACAAGAAAUUAAAUUAGCAUUAUGGGAUACAGCAGGACAAGAAAAAUAUAGAUCAAUGGUUUCUAUGUAUUAUAGAGGAAGUAGAGGUGCAGUAAUAGUUUAUGAUGUUACUAAUAGAACAACAUUUGAUGAUAUUAGAGGAUGGUGUGAUGAAAUUUUUAAAGCAGAAUCAGAUGUUGUUUGUAUGCUUGUAGGAAAUAAAGCAGAUAAUAAUCAAGAAAGAUUAGUAAGUUAUGAAGAAGGAGAAGAAUUAGCAAAAGAAUUAGGUAUUUUAUUUUCUGAAGCAUCAGCUAAAACAGGAGAAAAUGUUAAAGAAACAUUUAUACAACUCUUUGAAGCUAUUAAUUUUGAUGAACCACAUUUACCAAAAGGUGAUAUUCAAUUAAAUAAAAGUAAACAAGAAGAAAAAGGAUGUUGUUAA